GAGGGAAGGCGGCCUGGAGAGAGAUGCAAAGACGCUCGAUUGAGAAGAGCAACAUGCUGUAUGGCGUUAUCGACGAGAGCGCCGGCUUUUAUAACAAUCCUGUGGAUGUGGCUGCCAGGUCCCGGAUGAACGUCGUUUUCCGGGUGGGCGAAGGCGGGAAAGACGACCUCGAGGCGAACUUCAUCUCACAGGCUGCUGCCCAAGGACUUCUUUCUCUCAAGGGACACAGGUCGGUUGGUGGAAUCCGCGCCUCGAUUUACAAUGCUAUCACCAGCGAUGACGUCAGACGCUUGUGCGAAUUCAUGAGGACUUUUCUCAAAGCAAACAAAGUGUGAGACGCAACUCUCGCCAAAAGAAAUCACGAUCUGUCCAGAUUUUAUUAAGAUUUAGUUGUUGAUGGAUUAGAUAAUAUUCGGUAUAAGAUUUUAAAAAAAUAACGUGACCUGUGAUGACAUACUUCGACAGUAUAGAGGGACCACUUAACAUGCCAUCUCCAGUCUUCAUUUCUUCACAAAUAUACAUCGAUGCAUAUUUAUUGUAUUCAGCGACAUGUCUCAUCAGUGUAAGUCAAGUGCAACAUAAGGUUGAACCUUUCUCAACUGUCUAGGCGUUUCUUGUAUAGAAGUACACAUGGUGACGUUCGUUCUGCCAAUGUUUAUAUGUUGUGGAAAUGUUUAUCCGUAAGCAUAUCAGACUUGGCAGACAUUUGUCUUUUAAAAGUGGAACUAGCGACUUCUAGAUAUUGUUGAUAAACGUUAACCAGACAAUGAUGCAUUUCAGAGCAAUCGCAUAUAUCCACGAAAUUUAUAUUCAGUAUACGGCAUGUUAUACUACUGACUCCAUAUACAGAUAGUAAAAUGAACUGAAAGAA